AUCAUCUUUACAUUUUUGAUCACACAUUCCUAUGUAGUGUGUUUUUUCUGGACUUCCCUUUUCUUCCUUUUUCGGACAAUUGACAAAAGCAACAAAUAUAAUCUUCUUAAAGUUGGGUCCUUUUCUUCUUCUUUGAAAAUGAUUAAUUGAAGUGGGGUCUGUGAUUAAUCAAACCUUAAUGCACCAUACCUACUUCAGGUUGCUUCAAGAACUUGUAAGAUUUGGGAUUUUGCAGUUUGCACCGCUAAUUUAGUGAGUAGUGAACGGUGUUCAACUAAGAGAGAGAAAGUUAUGGCAGCAAAGUCCGAUGAACCAGCGCCACAUCCACCAAAAGAUCAGCUUCCUAAUGUUUCUUACUGCAUUACUAGUCCUCCUCCAUGGCCUGAGGCGAUCCUUCUUGGAUUUCAGCAUUAUCUGGUUAUGCUUGGUACCGCAGUUAUCAUUACUACAGCUCUGGUUCCCCAGAUGGGAGGAGGAAAUGAGGAGAAAGCCAAAGUUAUUCAAACAGUGCUAUUUGUUGCUGGGCUUAACACCUUGUUGCAAUCUUACUUUGGAACUAGACUACCAGCUGUGAUCGGAGCGUCUUAUACCUUUGUUGCACCUACAAUUUCGAUUAUCCUUUCAGGACGAUGGAGUGACCCGGACCCUGUGUCGAGAUUCAAGAAGAUAAUGCGGGCCACCCAAGGUGCACUUAUUAUUGCUUCAACAAUUCAGAUUGUCCUAGGCUUCAGUGGUCUCUGGCGCAAUGUUGUAAGGUUUCUGAGCCCACUUUCAGCUGUUCCUUUAGUUACUCUUGUCGGCUUCGGGCUCUAUGAGUUUGGUUUUCCUGGGGUUGCCAAAUGUGUUGAAAUUGGGUUGCCAGAGCUGGUCCUUUUGGUCAUUUUCUCUCAAUAUUUGGCCCAUCUGAUACGCCCAGGGAAGAAUAUAUUUGAUCGUUUUGCUGUUCUUUUCACCGUAGCAAUUGUAUGGAUUUACGCUCACUUACUUACAGUGGGUGGGGCUUAUAAUGGGACCCCACCAAAGACCCAAGCAAGCUGCAGAACUGAUCGUGCUGGACUCAUUGAGGGUGCCCCAUGGAUUAAAAUUCCAUACCCCUUCCAAUGGGGAGCACCUUCAUUUGAUGCUGGUGAAGCAUUUGCUAUGAUGAUGGCUGCAUUUGUUGCUCUUGUUGAGUCCACUGGUGCCUUUAUUGCAAUUACGAGAUACGCAAGUGCUACUCCCAUGCCACCAUCCGUACUCAGCAGAGGUGUAGGUUGGCAGGGAAUUGGCAUUUUACUGUCUGGGUUGUUUGGCACUGGGAACGGAUCUUCUGUAUCUGUUGAAAAUGCGGGUCUUUUAGCACUGACACGUGUUGGUAGCAGAAGAGUUGUUCAGAUAGCUGCGGGAUUUAUGAUUUUCUUUUCAAUUCUUGGAAAAUUUGGAGCAGUCUUUGCUUCAAUACCAACAUCCAUUGUAGGUGCUUUGUACUGCAUUUUAUUCGCUUAUGUGGGCGUAGGAGGUUUAAGCUUCCUUCAGUUUUGCAAUCUGAACAGUUUCCGUACCAAGUUUAUAUUAGGUUUCUCCAUCUUUCUUGGUUUGUCAAUUCCACAGUACUUCAACGAGCACACAGUUAUUGAUGGUUAUGGGCCUGUUCACACGGGUGGACGAUGGUUCAAUGAUAUGGUUAACGUGCCAUUCUCAUCGGAAGCUUUUGUUGCGGGUAUCCUGGCUUAUUUCUUGGACAACACAAUGCACAAAAGGGAUGGUCAUAUAAGGAAAGACCGAGGCAAGCCAUGGUGGGACAAGUUCAGGUCUUUCAAGACGGACACGAGAAGCGAGGAAUUCUAUUCUCUCCCAUUCAAUCUCAACAAGUAUUUCCCAUCUGUGUGAUCAUCCCGUAUCAUGAAGAUAGAAGGGUCAAAUACUUAUACGCGAUAUCAUCACAAGUCUGGGUUCCUCCCACACCCUUCAAAGCUGUAUUGGAGCGCAUUAAUUCUGCGUCACCAAUUUUCUUUUAUACGCAUCUGCUACUUUCCAAAGGUAUAAAUAGUCUGACCGCUUGUGGAACAUGCUUAGAACAUUUGUUAAUUGUUUUCUUUGUUGUAAAUCCAAGGUUAUAUGUACUAUGAAUAGUAAUAGAAUAAGCUUGCUGCUUUCAAA